AGAGAGAGAGAGAGAGAGAGAGAGAGCGGGACCAGAGAGAAGAGAAACGCAAAAAAAAGAAGAGAGGAAAAAAGCGGAGCCGCGUCGCAAAUGGCACUCAUGGCAGGGAUUUUGUUCACGGUCACCGUUCUUAUUUCUGGGAUUUCUACGCUCGGUUCGUCGGCACGGAUAUACCCACCAAAUGAAGUCACGUUAUUGGACUCCAGGGCCGUACAGGGGGAGCUGGGAUGGGUCGCCAACCCGACAGAAGGAGGGUGGGAGGAAGUGAGCAUUAUGGACGAAAAGAACAUCCCCAUCCGUACAUACCAGGUGUGCAAUGUCAUGGAGCCAAAUCAGAACAACUGGCUCCGUACUGACUGGAUCCCCCGUGGAGGUGCCCAGCGUGUCUACAUCGAGAUCAAGUUCACCCUGCGGGACUGCAACAGCUUGCCGGGGGUCAUGGGAACCUGCAAGGAAACCUUCAAUCUUUACUACUACGAGUCCAACAAUGACAAGGAGCGCUACAUCCGGGAGAACCAGUUCACCAAGAUAGACACCAUUGCCGCAGACGAGAGCUUCACUCAGGUGGAUAUCGGGGAUCGCAUCAUGAAGCUGAACACGGAGGUCCGGGAUGUGGGUGCCCUGACACGGAAGGGUUUCUAUUUGGCAUUCCAGGAUGUUGGAGCAUGCAUUGCCCUCGUUUCUGUUAGGGUCUUCUACAAGAAAUGCCCUUUAUCCGUGCGAAACCUAGCCCAGUUUCCUGAUACUAUCACUGGUGCCGACACGUCAUCGCUGGUGGAAGUUCGUGGCUCGUGUGUGGAUAAUUCGGAAGAAAAGGAGGUUCCCAAGAUGUACUGCGGAGCCGAUGGAGAGUGGUUGGUGCCCAUAGGGAACUGCCUGUGCAACCCUGGAUACGAGGAACGCAAUUCAGAAUGCCAAGCCUGUAAAAUCGGUUACUACCGUGCUCUGGCCACUGACGGCUCCUGCUCUAAGUGUCCGCUACACAGUUACUCCGUGAGGGAGGGCUCCACAUCCUGUGCCUGCGACAAGGGAUUCUUCCGCUCGGAAACAGACCCGGCAUCAAUGCCCUGCACCCGCCCUCCGACCGCACCCCUCCACCUCAUCUCGAAUGUGAACGAGACCUCGGUAAACCUGGAGUGGAGCCCCCCUCGGAGCUCUGGGGGCCGCCAGGACCUGACGUACAACGUUGUGUGUAAGCGCUGCGGGCCCGACGGCCGCCGCUGCCAGCCCUGCGGCAACGGCGUUCACUUCAGCCCUCAGCAGCUGAGCCUGAAGGGGACCAGGGUGUCCAUCAACGAGCUGCAGGCGCACACCAACUACACCUUCGAGGUGUGGGCGGUGAACGGCGUCUCGCCUCAGAGCCCGGGGCCGGAGCAGGCGGUGUCUGUGACCGUCACCACCAACCAGGCUGCCCCUUCUCCAGUAACGUCCAUCCAGGCAAAGGACAUCACCAGACACACCAUCUCACUGGCCUGGCAGCCACCGGAGAGGUCCAACGGUGUCAUCCUGGAGUAUGAGGUCAAGUAUUACGAGAAGGACCAGAACGAAAGAAGCUAUCGUAUCAUUAAAACAUCGUCCAGAAGCACGGACAUCAAGGGCCUCACCCCUCUCACCUCUUAUGUGUUCCAUGUGCGUGCUCGGACUGCCGCCGGCUACGGUGAAUUUAGCGGACCCUUUGAGUUCAUGACUAACUCCGUCCCAGCUCCCAUUAUAGGCGACGGGGCAAACUCCACCGUGCUGCUGGUGUCUGUGGUGGGCAGCGUGGUCCUUCUGAUUAUCCUCAUCAGCGCUUUCGUCAUCAGCCGAAGAAGGAGUAAAUACAGCAAGGCCAAGCAGGACUCUGACGAAGAGAAGCACUUACACCAAGGAGUCAGGAUAUACGUUGACCCCUUUACCUACGAGGACCCGAAUCAAGCCGUCCGCGAGUUUGCCAAAGAGAUUGACGCUUCCUGUAUCAAGAUCGAGAAAGGUAUUGGAAUCGCCUGUGUGUUCUCAGGAGAAUUUGGUGAAGUCUGCAGCGGUCGCUUGAAAAUGCCUGGCAAGAGGGAGAUCUGCGUGGCCAUAAAGACACUGAAAGCUGGCUACACCGACAAGCAGAGGAGGGACUUCCUGUCGGAGGCCAGCAUCAUGGGCCAGUUUGACCACCCCAAUAUCAUUCACCUGGAGGGUGUGGUCACCAAAUGUACGUUCAGUAAGCCGGUGAUGAUUAUCACGGAGUACAUGGAGAACGGAUCGCUGGAUGCAUUCCUGAGGAAGAAUGAUGGUCGCUUCACAGUCAUCCAGCUGGUUGGCAUCCUGCGCGGCAUUGCAUCAGGCAUGAAGUACCUGUCAGACAUGAGCUACGUUCACCGCGACUUAGCCGCUCGCAACAUCCUGGUGAACAGCAACCUGGUGUGCAAGGUGUCUGACUUUGGCAUGUCACGAGUGCUGGAAGACGACCCGGAGGCUGCGUACACCACCAGGGGAGGCAAGAUCCCCAUUCGCUGGACGGCCCCAGAGGCCAUCGCUUACAGGAAGUUCACCUCAGCCAGUGAUGUGUGGAGUUACGGCAUCGUCAUGUGGGAGGUGAUGUCAUAUGGCGAGCGACCGUACUGGGACAUGAGUAAUCAAGACGUGAUCAAGGCUAUUGAUGAGGGCUAUCGGCUGCCUCCACCCAUGGACUGCCCUGUGGCUCUCCACCAGCUCAUGCUGGACUGCUGGCAGCGAGAGAGAGCCGACCGGCCAAAGUUCGGACAGAUCGUCAACAUGCUGGAUAAGCUGAUCCGCAACCCCAACACCCUGAAGAGGACCGGGGGAGAGACCGCUGUCAGGCCCAGCACCACCCUGCUGGAGCCAGGGAGCCCUGAGGCGUCCUCCGCAGUGGGCACAGUGGAGGACUGGCUGCAGGCCAUUGGCAUGGAGAGAUACAGUGACAACUUCACUGCAGCCGGCUACACCACUCCGGAAGCUGUGGUCCACAUGACACAGGAGGACAUGGCACGCAUAGGCAUCUCCUCUGCUGCGCAUCAGAACAAGAUCCUGACCAGCGUCCAGAGUAUGCUGUCCCAAAUGCAACAGAUCCAAGGCAGAAUGGUUCCUGUCUGAGAGGAGGAAGCAAAGGAAUCAAAAAGACUUUUUUUUUUCUUACAAAAAGAAAGAAAAGAUAAUAAAAAAAAUUUUAAAUAUAAAGAAAAAAAGACAAACUAUGAAGAAAUAGUUUACCUCAUCAACGCACUUUAAAUUGGAUCUAAAAGAAAACAAGACCUUGAUGAUGAAGAA